UGGAAAAGUGUAUUCCAACAGCACGUGACCAAUAUAAUUUUGUUAUUUUGGUGUGUUGUAUUCGUUAUGAGCACCUAUUCCAGUUAUAUUUUCCAAGGGAUUUUGUGUGGACACGCCUUUAUCCGAGAUGGAGGACCAGUAUUGGCUAACGGCAAAAAGGUGCUUUUCACCCUUGUGCACAGUGACGAGAGAAUUGUGGAUCGUGUGUACCGACGGAGAGUGGGGAGAGGCCUCUGAACAUGAUGCGUUGACGGGCGAGUAUGUUGUAUGAAACAGUGUUCUCCGACACCACAGUGCUUAUUCCUCGCUAAGCCAUCGAGUGUGGUGGCCGUGUUCUGUCAAAAGCGCGCGAAACCGUUUUAGUAGUGACUCCGAGAAGUUCGUUCAACUUGUAUCAUUUUUUUUUGUACUAGUGAAGUGAUUUACCGAACAUAUUCAAUCGUGUCAACAUGGCAGUGCCAUUCUCCUUCCCAGAAGAAAACAACGACGUUGAUGUCAUCAUCAGGCAACUCGGUCUUCUACUCAACAGACUUGCAGUGGAAUUCAAAAAACAACGGAAUGAAAAUAUACAGCUUCGAGCCAGAAAUAAACUGCAAUCUGGCAGUGGAAGUCAGACUCCGCACGCUGCGAAUCAAGAAAAUCCUAAUGGAGCGGUGAAUGAUACCGUCCUCAAUGCUAUAGCUACUUGCAAGAGAUUCUCUGUACCGCAUAGAGUUACUGACGCCCAAAAUGCACGUGAAUUCAAAGAUGCCAAAAACGAUCAAAUCCAACAGUUCGACAAAAUAGAAUUCUUCGACACCAACGACAGUCAGCAACUCACAGGGAUUGAGCCAGUAUAUGGGAUAAAUGGUCCAGUAUCGUUCUUCAGAUUGAGGUGGGAGUCCUGCAGGAUGUGGUGGUCCUGGUUCCUGCCACGAAAUCGAUUCUGGACGACUACAGUGAUAUGCGUAGUAGGGUGGCAUCUUCUUCGGUAACUGCACCUCAAAAGUCUCGUCACCUUUUCCAAAGACACAGUGAUUAAUAAUUGUAGAUUAUGCGAAAAAAUUUUUAUUUUCGAUUAAAUAUACUUUCGGUGUGUUUUGUUGUUAGUUGUGUAUAUAUUGAAUUUAUAUAUAUGGGACAAUAAAGCUUGAUGGCGUCCUAUUCGAUAUAGAGGAGUUCGAGCCAGGCGAGCGUGGUCCUUUCCAAAGAAAAGCAAGAAUUAACUAUCAAAGCAUUUUGAUCUCAUUCAGUAUAUCGACGAGCAUAUACAGGCUGGUACUCGUCGAGGUACUCUCAGGAAUUUUAUAUGGUUAGAAAGAAUAUUCAUAGUUGAUUUGGACUGUUCGAGAAAGAAGAAAAAAAAAAACAUUAAAAACGUUGUAAGAUUUAAAAAUUGUACAUAGGCAAGAGUUGGAUUCAGUAUAGCCAAAGAUUGAAUUUUCGCGAAUGCCAAUUGGCAUUUCUAUAUGGGCAGGAUGUUCGCUUUCGCUACCAUGAGUCUAACUGUAGAGUUUAAGAACGGCACAGCAGUUCUGCCAAGUCAGUUCGGCCGCUGCCCUAAAGGUUUUCAUAUGAUCUCUGUAAAAAGGGUGCGGCUAAAGCUGGGCACACAGAGCCGAUCAGCCCGCACCUGAUUUUGUACAUAUUAUUUAUGGAGUGACUGGCCAAACUUCAUUGGGCCGCCCAAAAUUAUAGACGUAAAUAUAAACUAUUUUAAACGAGUUAAUAUUUUGGAAAUUUAAAGCAAUUUAUAUGUAGUCUAGGUUAGUAGCGUAGAUUUAAUGCUUUUCGUGUAGUUAGUUGGCUCUUCAAAGCGUCUCUGUGAUUAGAAGAGUGUAAAUUCACUUGUGAUGUUAUUCAAAGUGUAAUUUCACUUCUUUCUAGAAGUGUUUAUUACAAUCACUCCUGAUCCCAUGAUCUCGAAAUAUAUUUUAAAGUGUUUUGUUUUGUAGUUGAUUAUAACCUAGUCACUAUAGUCGUUUGUUUUAGCGUUGGCUAGGAUUCUGAUUUUUUUUUUGUUCUUAAAUUUUAUGUAUUAGUAUGUUAUUGUUUAUUGUGUUUACUUAUUUUAUUAUGUAAGAACUGUUUUGCCAUAAGAUUGUAAGUAGGAAGUCUUCUCUCAUGCUAGUUUUAUCAUGCAAAAAUAACAGAUUCGAACAAUAUUCCCUCUUGUGUAUUUUCAAAAUUAAAUGCUAUGUAUGUGAUUCAGAGAAUUUUGAUAUAAUCUUAUUGAAUUUAUGGAGGAGUUUAGCAGAGUAUUGUAUUUUUUUACGAGUCCAAAAAUAAAUCCCACGUAGGAUAUUAUCCUUAAUAGUCACUGUUAUUUUUGUUCAAUAUAAAACUACAAUAAUUCUGUUCGCCUUUGUACAGUGAAAAUUACCUGAACAGGACCAAUAUGGCCUGAAAGAAGGCCCCUUCGUGAUAUUGAACCCUGGGGGAGACCAAUAAAAUAUUCAGUUAGAGUUGCUUAUGUAUAAUACUAUUAUUUGAGAUCUAUAUGUUACUAAGUUUUAUACAUGUUUAUGGACAUAUAUCUCUAUAGUAUUCUAUUUUUGUGAUGUAUGGAAAGAGUUAUAUUUUGCUGCUUUUUUCGCAGGAAUUUUAUUAAACCAUACACACAUCUACUACCGAGUUCUUUCACUUAUCGUAAAGUUUUACACUUUUAUAUAGAUACAAAUAAAAUAGAUGUAAACAUGCCGAAAGAA